AUGUCAGUCCGGCGAUCUAGCAGGAUUGCAUCAAUCGCCAUCUCUCCAGCCUUGGAAAGUCCUGAAAACGUGGUCAACGGGUCAAAGAAACGGCGGGUAGUUUCACAAGACCAAGAUUCCAAUGCCAAAAAACAAAAGGCCCGUGGUACACAGGUGGAGACAGCAGUUGAAAAUGCAAAGCACCAACUCGUCAAUGGAGAGGCUAGCAAUGGAUCUGAGUUCAAAGUGCCUGUCACGCCUGUGAAAAAAGCCAAUGCACGAAGAGUCCCGGCCAAACAGUCCAAGCAACCCCCUUUAACUCCGACACCCAGUCUCGUCAAUGUUAUCAGAGCUCCUUAUAGCUCUGGGGACAUUGACGACGCAUCCCCUCCUUCUGAUCGGCCUGUUGAACCACACAUCACCAAUGCUCCAUUGGUCACACCUGGAGGAACCCAGCAUGUCGCGUAUGAAGACAUACUACCCGAGUCGAGCCCCUCCAAAACCGGCCUUCCUCGGCCGAUAGCGACCACAAACACACUUCUAGAUCAAGCUUGUGCUCAUCUCAUCAGUGUCGACGAACGCUUGAAACCCGUGAUCGAGAAGUAUCCGUGCCAUAUAUUCUCCCCAAAAGGUCUGGCCGAGAUCAUCGACCCUUUUCGGUCACUUUCAAGCGGGAUUAUGGGCCAACAGGUCUCAGGCGCCGCCGCCAAAUCCAUCAAGAACAAGUUCAUUGCGUUGUUCAAUGAGGAUGGAGGUGAAGAAGCGCAAUUCCCAACACCAGCUCAAGUAGCUGCUACGGACAUUGCCCGGUUGCGCCUUGCGGGCUUGUCUCAACGCAAAGCGGAGUAUAUCCAAGGCCUAGCCCAAAAAUUUACGACGGGGGAACUCACCAAUGAAAUGCUCAUGAAGGCCUCGGACGAAGAAGUCAUGGAGAAACUCAUCGCAGUACGCGGCCUGGGUAAGUGGAGCGUAGAGAUGUUUGCCUGCUUCGGACUGAAGCGGCUCGACAUCCUUUCGACCGGCGAUCUGGGGGUGCAGAGGGGUAUGGCUGCGUUUUUUGGCAAAGACGUGAAGAAGCUCAAGGCAAAGGGCGGGGGAAAGUGGAAAUACAUGUCUGAGCAGGAUAUGCUCGAGAAAAGUGCGCCGUUUGCGCCGUACAGAAGUUUGUUUAUGUGGUAUAUGUGGCGCGUGGAAGAUGUUGAUGUCGAUGUCAUGCAGCAGUCUACACUCACGUAG